AUGCUGGAGAUGGGUGUGAGUCUAUGGAGCAGCUUGCUGUUAGUUCAGACUCUUUGUUUGACAUCAGUUGAUGCCUACCCCAAUGGAGAAGUGACUGAAUCCUGUGGGAGUAUGAUGCCAAAACACAGUCAUGCCCCCAAUACCACCCAAUGUCCCUACACUCUGGCUGUCAAUGUCACUCAAUUCAGUUCAGGAGAUUACAUCCAAGUUACCAUAUCUGGAACGACAUACUUUGAGGGCUUCCUGCUUGAGGCUCGGAAUGCAUCCAAUCCAGACUCUGAUGCUGUCGGCUCCUUCACCCUAACCAAUCCUAAAACCACACAACUGUUGAAAUGUGGCCACACUCCGGGUUCAGCUGUCAGUCACACAAGUGAUGCCAGACAGACAAAAAUCGUGGUAAUCUGGAACGCUCCCCAAAACUCUCCAGAUGCUGUCGAAUUUCUUGUGACGGUAGUGGCUCAUUACAAUACUUUCUGGGUGAAAAUCCCCGGUCCGGUUGUGUCUCAGAGUGGGGUGCCUCCCAUCCCACCUAAACCCACCACACCUUCCACUACCAUAAAGACGUCAACUCCCUCUGUGUUGCCCAGACCAUUCAGCUCAGUGGGUUGUGGCCAACAGAAGUCCUGCCUGUUGGACCCAGCGGGAUGUGACCCUGAAAAAGAUUCAACGUGCUUCUUCCUGUCGUUUGCCCCCAAGGGACAGUCUGUGGAGUUUGAGCUCAGUGGGCCCUCAGAUGGCUACAUUGCCUUCGCCCUCUCCCAUGACACAUGGAUGGGGGAUGAUGACGUGUACCUAUGUGUGAGGGAUGACAGCUCGGUGGAUGUGAGCGCAGCUUAUGUCAAAGGAAGGUCCCACCCAGAGGAGGCCUCUGAGAAUGUUCUUACAGAUGUGGCCUGGAGAUUGGCGGAUGGAGUAAUUCAGUGUCGGUUUCGUCGACGCGUUCUUGUCCCACAGGACGCGACCCGGUUUAGUCUGGACGCACAGUACUACCUGUUCAUGGCAUACGGUGAAGCUGAAUACGGCGAGGUGCACAGGCAUGACCGCCAACCCCUCAUAUCCUCACAGCAGUCAGUCAUCAACGGCCCAGCAGAGAUUCUCACUGGCUCUCGAUCACCACUCCUCAUGAAAUUUCACAGCGUUCUGAUGUUAAUUGCAUGGAUGUUGGCUGGAAGCACAGGUACUUUCAUAGCCAGCUACUUCAAGCCUGAUUGGCCAGAGAAAACACUGUUCGGUCAGAAAAUGUGGUUCCAGGUGCAUCGAGGGUUGAUGAUGUUAACAGUGCUGCUUACCUGUGUGGCCUUCACUCUUCCCUUCAUCUACAGAGGAGGUUGGAGUAAGAGUGCUGGGGCCCAUCCCUACCUGGGAUGUACUGUACUAGCCCUGGCUCUCCUUCAGCCUAUCAUGGCCACUCUCAGACCUCCCCCUGACUCCUCCAGGAGGUGGGUGUUUAAUUGGCUGCAUUGGGGAGCUGGGACUGUUGCUGAGAUUAUGGCUGUGGCGGCCAUGUUUUUGGGGAUGGGCCAGCAGUCUGUGCUCCUGCCUCACCCCUGGUACCUGCUGGUUCUGGCUGGGUUCCUGGCAUGGGUCGUCCUCUUGAGGGUGCUCCUUGGGCUCCAUAAAAAAGGCUACAUUAAAACACCGAGUGACACUGAUGACCAGCAGAGGAUUCUUGCUGACCACUCAGAGGGCAGCGCUUGGGAUGCAUGGUUCAAAAUCGUUGCCCUUCUUGCCUUUAUUAUUGGGAAUAGCGGGUUCCUGAUCAGCUUCAUUUACACCAUCAGUGGAUUGUGAUGAAUCUGUGAGAAUGGCCAUUCCAUGGUACAUGACAACUCACUGGCUGUUAGAAUGAUGGAGGAUCCUGAUUCUUAUUCAAAUUCAGGCCACAGCCAGAUCAAGGCACUGAACCAGAUCUAAAGCUAUAAAUGGAGUGACAGGAAAUGGUAGGGAAUAU